AUGCAGGGCUGUGACAAAAUCUAUCAGUGUGGUGGGACAUCAGGGAGGCAAGGCUCUGACAACGUCUGUCAGCGUGGUGGGCCAUCAGGGAGGCAGGGCUGUGACAACGUCCGUCAGCGUGGUGGAACGUCAGGGAGGGAGGGUUGUGACAUCGUCCGACAGCGUGGUGGACCAUCAGGGAGGCAGGGCUGUGACAACGUCCGUCAGCGUGGUGGGCCAUCAGGGACGCAGGGAUGUGACAAAUUCCGUCAGCGUGGUGGAACAUCAGGGCGGCAGGGCUGUGACAACGCCCGACAGCGUGGUGGACCAUCAGGGAGGCAGGGCUGUGACAACGUCCUUCAGCAUGGUGGGACAUCAGGGAGGCAGGGCUGUGACAACGUCUGUCAGUGUGGUGGGACAUCAGGGAGACAGGGCUGUGACAACGUCCGUCAGUGUGGUGGGACAUCAGGGAGCCAAUGCUGUGACAACGUCCGUCAGUGUGGUGGAACAUCAGGUAGGCAGGGCUGUGACAACGUCAUCACCGUGGUGGAACAUCAGGGAGGCAGGGCUGUGACAACGUCCGUCAGUGUGGUGGGACAUCAGGGAGAAAGAGCUGUUACAACGUCCAUCAGCGGUGUGGGACAUGAGGGAGGCAGGGCUGUGACAACGUCCAUCAGCGUGGUGGAACAUCAGGGAGCCAAUGCUGUGACAACGUCCGUCAGAGUGGUGGGACAUCAGGGAGGCAGGGCUGUGACAAAGUCCGUCAGUGUGGUGGAACAUCAGGGAGGCAGGGCUGUGACAACGUCAUCACCAUGGUGGAACAUCAGGGAGGCAGGGCUGUGA